CGAUAAUACUGCACUGUUACUUAACAUUCUUCUGGAAAAUCAGCUGCUCCUGUUGCCUGUUAACUAGUGAAGAUUAUUUAUUUUAUCAUCUUGAAUGUCGCAUAUUUCACCUGAGUCCCCGCCUCCUCCGCCACCACCACCCAUGGUGAUCAGCCCUAGAGCACCUGCUGCAGCAAGUGAACCAUCUGUUGUGGUCAAUAUAACCACCGAUAAGUGCAGUUGGGCCUUGGAAUACCCGGACGUCCAAAAGGCAUGUUUCUUCAGUCGGGUGUUUGAGGAUGCUCCUCCAAAACACUGCCAAUAUUACUCCGUGAAGAGUAUACUUCAGGUUGGCCCCACCUGCGGAUUGACGGCCUUGAGCAUGUUGCUCGGUGGUCAUCCCCCUGCAGAGGAUCUUCUUAAGGAUGCCAUUGCACAUGAGUACACCUUAAAUGGAGAAUUGUUCAGUGCUCAGUAUUUGUUUAAACUUACCCGGAAGCACUUGCCAGGACCUGCCGCAUGUCAGCUACACGUGGGCCCUCUCUACUGCAAAAAAGUCAAGGAGCUACUAAAAGCCGGGGGCUGCCUACUAGUGCCAUACGAUGCUGAUGUCAACCAUGCGCCUUGCCUGAAAUCCGGUCACCGAGCUCAUUGGGCUUUGAUUGUGGGCUAUCUGGUGGACACACAGGAUCAGUACUAUGUCUUGGCUCGUCACGGCAAGACCAGAAACCUGGCAGUUUGGUCACUGGACACGCUCAGCCAGAGCAAUGCCAAUCUUCUGGAGUUUGCCCAGCCAAAGGGCUAUCCGGAUAAUGACUUUCUGCUGCCACCGGGUGGAGUUAGUGGUCCUCUGGGCCUCAACGAGCGCUCCAUUCUAGUUAACGGUUUGCUCCCACAACCGGUGCUUCAUGUGCGCUGAUCCUACUUACAUUUGUUCAAUAAAGAGUCUUGAUCAUUUCGUAUUUAA